UCAUCAUGUCCACACCCAGUGGUCCGGAUAGUGCCUCUUCGGAUGGCCAAAGCCAAACGCUGCAGGAUCUGCGCAUGGAGGUGGAGCGGCUAACGCGGGAACUUGACCAGGUCUCCUCUGCCAGCGCCCAGUCCGCCCAAUAUGGCUUAUCCCUGCUGGAGGAGAAGUCCGCCCUGCAGCACAAGUGCGAGGAGUUGGAGACGCUCUAUGACAACACACGCCACGAACUGGACAUCACACAGGAGGCGCUGACCAAGUUCCAGACCUCGCAGAAGGUAACCAACAAGACAGGCAUCGAGCAGGAGGACGCCCUGCUAAAUGAGUCCGCUGCCAGGGAGACAUCCCUCACCAUGCAGAUCUUUGAUCUGGAGAACGAGAUCAAGCAGCUGCGUCAUGAGCUGGAGCGGGUGCGCAAUGAGCGCGACAGAAUGCUCCAGGAGAACUCGGACUUUGGCCGGGACAAAACCGACAAUGAGGCGGAGCGACUGCGUCUCAAGUCCGAGCUAAAGGACCUAAAGUUCCGAGAGACGCGCAUGCUGAGCGAGUAUUCGGAGCUGGAGGAGGAAAACAUAUCGCUGCAAAAGCAGGUUUCCAACCUGCGCAGCUCCCAGGUGGAAUUUGAAGGUGCCAAACAUGAGAUUCGUCGCCUCACCGAGGAAGUUGAGAUUCUGAAUCAACAGGUCGAUGAGCUGGGUAAUCUCAAGAAGAUUGCCGAGAAGCAAAUGGAGGAGGCUCUAGAGGCUCUGCAGGGUGAGCGCGAGGCGAAAUAUGCGCUGAAGAAGGAGCUGGACGGGCACCUGAACCGCGAGUCCAUGUACCACAUUAGCAACCUGGCCUACAGCAUACGUAGCAACAUGGAGGACAACGCCAGCAACAACUCGGAUGGCGAGGAGGAGAAUCUGGCGCUCAAGCGUCUAGAGGCUGAUCUUAGCACCGAACUGAAGUCUCCCGACGGCACCAAGUGCGAUCUCUUCUCGGAGAUCCAUCUGAACGAGCUGAAGAAGCUGGAAAAGCAGCUGGAGAGCAUGGAGAGUGAGAAGACUCAUCUGACGGCCAAUUUGCGAGAGGCGCAGACGAGCCUAGACAAGUCUCAAAACGAGCUGCAGAACUUCAUGUCCCGCCUGGCCCUUCUCGCUGCCCAUGUGGAUGCCCUCGUCCAGCUCAAAAAGCAGAUUGAUGUGAAGGAACAGGGCGGCAAGGAGAGCGACCACAAGAAGGAGGAACUGGAACAGCAGCUGCGUGCUUUGAUCUCGCAGUAUGCCAACUGGUUUACGCUUUCCGCCAAGGAGAUUGACGGCCUCAAGACUGACAUUGCCGAGCUCCAAAAGGGCCUCAACUACACGGAUGCCACCACCACGCUGCGCAACGAGGUGACCAACCUGAAGAACAAGCUCCUGGCCACGGAACAAAAGUCCCUGGAUCUGCAGAGCGAUGUGCAGACCCUAACCCACAUCUCACAGAAUGCUGGCCAAAGCCUGGGCUCAGCUCGGAGUACUCUGGUGGCUCUCAGCGACGAUCUGGCCCAGCUGUACCACUUGGUGUGCACCGUCAAUGGGGAAACGCCAACGCGUGUCCUGCUGGAUCACAAGAGCGACGAUAUGAGCUUCGAGAACGACUCACUGACUGCCAUCCAAUCGCAGUUCAAAUCUGAUGUCUUUAUUGCCAAGCCACAGAUCGUGGAGGAUUUGCAGGGCCUGGCGGAUUCCGUGGAGAUCAAGAAGUACGUGGACACGGUCAGCGAUCAGAUCAAGCAUCUGAAGACAGCCGUGGAGCAUACCAUCGAUAUGAACAAGCACAAAGUGCGCUCCGAGGGAGGCGAUGCCCUGGAGAAGGUCAACACCGAGGAGAUGGAGGAGCUGCAGGAGCAGAUAGUCAAGUUGAAGAGUUUGCUGUCCGUAAAACGCGAGCAAAUCGGAACUCUGCGCAACGUGCUCAAGUCAAACAAGCAAACCGCCGAGGUGGCUCUCACCAAUCUUAAGUCCAAGUACGAGAACGAGAAGAUCAUCGUCAGCGAUACCAUGUCCAAGCUGCGUAAUGAGCUUCGACUGCUCAAGGAGGAUGCGGCCACCUUCUCCAGUCUGCGUGCCAUGUUUGCCGCACGCUGCGAGGAGUACGUUACUCAGGUGGAUGAUCUCAAUCGCCAGCUGGAGGCUGCCGAGGAGGAGAAGAAGACGCUCAACCAGCUGCUACGCUUGGCUGUCCAGCAAAAGCUGGCCCUCACCCAGCGUCUUGAGGAGAUGGAAAUGGACCGCGAAAUGCGUCACGUGCGUCGCCCAAUGCCCGCCCAGCGGGGCACCAGCGGCAAGUCCUCGUUCAGUACGCGUCCAUCGAGCAGGAAUCCAGCGAGCGGCAACACCAAUCCCUUCUAACAUAAGAUCAGCGUGCAGCGUAAACUUUUGGCUUUGGUUUAUACUUUGCUUAAGUUGUAAAUUCGUUGGAGUUCCUGCCGAGCGAGAGAGAGAGAGGAAGGUACACGCGAUAUCCUACAUGUCCAGGCUCUAUCCAACUAUCCAGCUCUACUAUAACUACGUUUGUUUGUAUUGUAUUUGUAUUUAUUGAAAGUUUAGUUAGAUGAAAGGUUUGUGUUAGACGAGGAAGCAGACGAGAAUGGUUAGUUACUUAAACGUCCAAUUAAUUUAAUUAAACGAAAAGAUGGCAAGAUUAAGCAAAAGAUUAAAUGAUAACGUAACGGAUUGUAUUUUUCUAUAUAUUCACAUGACGUGAAUGUGAAUUUGAUUACGUCUUACGUUUGGUUCGAUUCGAGUUUUGUUAACUUUCGCGUUGAUUGUUUCGAUUUUUGUUAUCAACGCUGUGCGCAAGCGAUAAAAUUGACAAACCCAAAAACGAUAAAUAAGUUGAGAUGUUAAACUCGCAUGAAAUUGACGAUAUUGGCAACUGAACCACGUAUUAAUUGGCCUGCCCCGAUAACCGAGAGUAUUUUCACAAGGCCCAAGACCGUUAAUGUACGUAAAGAACCAGAGGCCGAACUGGGCCGUAAUAUAACAUAUGUAUGUAACCGAUGGUUUUCAGCCAUUGAACUAAGAGUAGCAACAACCUAGCUACUCGUCUCAAAGACGAUUCUGAAUGAUGAUGAAGAUAUUUGUAUUUAUUGAGCGGUAUUGUGGCCGUCCUCAAAUGAAGAAGUCGUAGGAAAUUAAUUAUUAUUUGCAAUGAAGAAAAAAACCUAGUUUUUUGUGGAUUAUUUAGCAUUAAUUAUGCAGACAUACCUUAUGAUUUGUGCAUUAUUAUUUAAUUUAAUUAAUAAAUUGCAAAAAAAUAUAAAAAUAUUAGCCAG